CCAGCCUAUGGGGGCGCCGGGCGCUGUCACGUGCCGGAGCCCCGCUCGCCGCUGCGGAGCCGGAGGAGCCGGACGGGGCCAGCGAGCCGGGACGGGGCCGCGGGGCUGCGCCGGGGCCGGCGGCCAGCGGGAUUUUCAAAGAACACUGAAAAGCACUCAGCACCUUCAGAAUUGCACCCUGAGGUGAAUUACAGAAAGUGACUCCCAGAGCAUCUUGGCUGUAUGAACUCUUGAGCUGUCAAGGGACUGAGAGGCUUAUGAAGAGGUUCUGUCAGGCAAAACAGUGCUUAGCCAAGACACCGAGGAGGAGGGAAAAGGAGAAAGGGAGGGAGAGAGAGCUGAAACACUAACAAACCAUGAGAUCUAUCCGAUCUUUUGCUAAUGAUGACCGCCAUGUAAUGGUGAAACAUUCAACCAUUUAUCCAUCUCCAGAGGAACUUGAAGCUGUCCAGAACAUGGUAUCAACAGUAGAAUGUGCCCUUAAACAUGUCUCUGACUGGAUGGAUGAAAAGAACAAGUCUACAAAAUGUGAGGGUGACCUGGAAGCAAAGGAAGAGGCUGCAGAAAGCAAUGCCAAGGAUCAAGGUGGUCGGACGUUGUGUGGUGUUAUGAGAAUUGGCUUGGUUGCAAAGGGCUUGCUGAUAAAAGAUGAUAUGGAUCUGGAGCUGGUUCUCAUGUGCAAAGAAAAACCCACAAAGACCUUGUUAUGUAUAGUUAAAGACAAUCUCCCAGCUCAAAUCCAGAAACUUACAGAAGAGAAGUAUCUCGUGGAGGAGCAUGUAAAUGAGGCAGCUAUUAUUAUUCGUAACACAAAGGAGCCCAAGCUAACUUUGAAGGUGAUACUUACAUCCCCUCUCAUUCGAGAUGAAGCAGAGAAGAAGGAAGGAGUAGAUAAUGUUGCGAUGAAAGAUCCUCCGGACUUAUUGGACAGGCAGAAAUGCCUGGAGGCCUUGGCGUCUCUGCGGCACGCCAAAUGGUUUCAGGCCAGGGCAAAUGGACUAAAAUCAUGUGUAAUUGUCCUUCGUAUUCUGCGGGAUUUGUGCAACAGAGUCCCCACAUGGGCACCCCUGAAAGGAUGGCCACUCGAGCUUAUAUGUGAAAAAUCUAUAGGUACUUGUAAUAGACCUUUGGGCGCUGGGGAAGCAUUGCGACGAGUGAUGGAGUGUUUGGCAUCUGGAAUUCUGCUUCCCGGAGGCCCUGGUCUGCACGACCCCUGUGAACGGGAGCCAACAGAUGCUUUGUCUUAUAUGACAGUUCAGCAAAAAGAAGCCAUUACGCACAGUGCUCAGCAUGCCCUCAGAUUAUCAGCCUUUGGUCAGAUCUAUAAGGUUUUGGAAAUGGAUCCCCUCCCAUCAAAUAAGUCAUUUCAGAAAUAUUCCUGGUCAGUAACUGACAAAGAAGGUACAGGCUCAUCUGCUCUUAAGAGACCAUUUGAAGAUAGUGUCGGGGAUGAUAAAGAUCCAAAUAAAAAGAUGAAGCGUAAUCUGAGGAAAAUACUAGACAGUAAAGCAAUAGAUCUCAUGAAUGCUCUGAUGAGGCUGAACCAAAUCAGGCCAGGGCUUCAGUAUAAGCUGCUGUCACAGUCCGGUCCAGUCCAUGCCCCCGUCUUCACAAUGUCUGUAGAUGUUGAUGGUACGACAUAUGAAGCGUCAGGACCUUCUAAGAAAACAGCCAAGCUCCAUGUGGCAGUGAAGGUUUUACAGGCGAUGGGGUAUCCAACUGGUUUUGAUGCAGAUGUAGAGUGUAUGAGUUCUGAUGAAAAAUCAGACACUGAAGGUAAAAGUGAAACAAUGUCUUCAAUCUCAAGCAAUAAUACUGGAAAUUCCACAGCUGACACCUCCGCUACCCUAGAGGUAAGAACUCAGGGUCCUAUACUCACAGCAAGUGGCAAAAACCCGGUGAUGGAGCUCAAUGAGAAAAGAAGAGGUCUGAAGUAUGAGCUCAUCUCUGAGACAGGUGGAAGCCAUGACAAGCGCUUUGUGAUGGAGGUAGAAGUAGAUGGGCAGAAGUUCAGAGGUGCAGGCCCAAAUAAGAAAGUAGCAAAAGCAAGUGCUGCAUUAGCAGCACUUGAAAAACUGUUUUCUGGGCCUAAUGCAGCAAACAACAAGAAAAAGAAGAUUCUUCCUCAGACGAAAGGGGUUGUCAAUACAGCUGUUUCUGCAGCAGUCCAGGCUGUUCGAGGCAGAGGACGAGGUGCUUUAACACGAGGGGCAUUUGUUGGGGCUGCUGCUGCUACUGGAUACAUAACACCAGGCUAUGGAGCACCCUACGGGUACAGUACAGCGGCACCAGCUUACGCCAUAUGCACUUGUAUAAAAUAAGCAGAAAUGUAGUGACUGUAAGCUGAGAUCGUGAUAUAAAAGGUGCAAUUGGUGAGCCAUCAGAAUGUCCUUCCCAUUCCGUGGUGCAGAUUUUCAUCUGCUGUUAUCUUCAAGGUGCAAACUUGGGGCUUGCUCUGAAACUCACUUAAAAUUCAAUUUAUUCUUUCAGCCUGUCAGGCUAAGCAGCACUGAGAGCGGAGCAGCAGGCUGCUCCCUUUCCUUCAGAAGACAGUCUUUUAUAUGCAUCAAGGCAAUGUUAAGGUGCAUUAUAAUGAACUUCUCUUGAGUAUUUCUUUCCUAGUCAUAAGUGAUGUCAGUCUGACAAGCACUGUCCAGUUCAAGGACUGAUUAAUAAAAAGUCUUGCUGACUCUUAUUUGAUCUGUUUCUUUGUGGCCUGUACGUGGCAGCUUAAUCCAUUUAUAUUGGUUUCCAUCAGAACUGCAAUGACUGUGAAUUUCCAUAUUUUUCUCUCAUUACCCUUUUACAAUCCUAAGCAUACCACUCUGCUUUUUUUUUUUACAUUCUCACUUUGUUGGACCUUCUUUUUUCACUGAAAAGAUACUGAAUUUCUCAAAUAUGUUUUUGUUCAUAAUGCAAGCGAUCAUGUCCAAAAUUUGUCCCCUGGCCUUUGCUGCACCCUUUCUCAGGAGGAGAGACACCAUUUCCUGACAUGCAAAAUACACAGUGUACUUAAGGCUCUUAAAUCCUGGGGUUUGCAGCCACUUGGAAUUAGUGACAGGAUCCUAAGGUGCAGGAUUGCCUAGGAAUCAGUCCCAUUGACAGCGAGACCUGAGCAAAACAUUCCCCUGCAUUGAAUUGUCAUGGAUGUAGGUUCUGUAAGUGCCUAAUAUAUUGGCAUUUGAGAGAGCAGUUAAAUUCCAAUAGUAGGUUUUAGUCUAACUGAAACACCAGGGUAUUAUCUGAUGGGUAAUUCGGGUAACAUCUGCUUGAUCAAUGCUGCAACAAGCACUGUUUUGCUAAAGCAGAACUAGAAACUCCUUUUCUAUUAUACUUGCAGGUCUCCUUUUAAAAGCUUCCUCACAGGAGUAGGGUCUAAAGUGCCUUUUCUGUGAGAUUUGAGGUCUGGUUUACAGCUGUUAAGCUUUUUAUUUUUUAAUAUACCCAACAGCCAAAUAUGUAAACCGGGUUCCUUACGCUUUGUGCAGCUGCUAGUAUUGUUGCCUACUUUGUAAUACCUUUUCAGCAAAGCAGAAAUGUUACUUUAUAGUUUGAAUUUGUGGUUCAUGGAAAAGAAUUCUGAAAAGGUUCCUUUUGAUUAGUACAUAUAUAAAUAGGACACCAGGGAAAGUCUAUGCCUGUACACUACCCACCUUAACUCUAGUUUUAGCUAACCAGAUGAUAGUGUGUAUUUCGGGAGACAGUGUCUGCCACUUAAAGGAUUAAAAGAAGCCAGAGCUUUACAAUAAUGAAUUGACCUGUUUAAUGCCGCACUGGAGGGGAAUGGCAUUAGCCAUUGACUUUGGAGGAACAACUGUGAGCUUCAGUGGUCUGCUGAGUUAACACCUGAGGAAAGCGUGGGUAUUUGCAGAAUAGGGAGAUAGAUAGAAAAUAUAGACUGUUCCACUGUCACAACAGCAUUUGUUUGCCGUUAGCCACACUUGCAUACAAACCCAUAAUCAGGCAGGUAUAUGCUUUCCCCUUCUACCAGUUUAGGUUUCAUGGGGCCACCUGAGGGAGAAGCGUAUGCAGAACCAGCCUCUUGUGCUGUCUGACUGGUGUCUGAAGUGCCCGUGCACAGCAGCAGUUCCCACUGGCCCAUCUGCCCUUAAGAGAAUUUCAUCCUGGUCAACUUCUUACACAGUUGCAGCACUGCUGUAAGAGCAGCAUUGAUAUGACCCUGCUGUGAGGUCAUAUACUCUAGAAGCAGUGUUUUCCUUUGUUUUGAAAUAGGUGAAAACCAGAAGUAUUGUUUAGAAAUUUGUCUGUCAGCACAUGACUUCAGGAGCUGCCUGGUGUUAUCAUACCUAUGAUGCAAAUCAGCUGCUAUCUCCUCUCCAGAAGUGCACAGCUCUGCAAGGAGUUGGCACCUCCAUUUCACCAGCUGCAAUGGUCAAAGAACUCAAGUUUUAAACAGCAGUGUCAACAGAUGGAAACCCUUGUCUACUGCUAACCAUACCUCCGCGUUUUUCCUCCUGAUAGGCGAGUGGCAGUUGGAAUGCUUGUCAUUUUCCCAGAUAUGCAACUGUGAAUUUUGAAGAAAUAAGGUAUUUAAUAAAGUAGGACUUCAAUCUUACUUUGCCAGCCAUAGGAGAUUUCUCCAGGCAUGUUCUAUCUAGAGAAGGCUUUAAGGCAACAAGAUGGGUUUGGAGGGCUUGGCUCACUGAAAGCACGGUACGUGAUGCCUCCUGCCAUCAUGUUAUCUCUCUGCCAGUGCUUGCUGUCUUCCUGAAGCACACACUCAGGACUUGGAGCAUGGUCACCACCUUCCCGGGCGUCGUGCCAGUUGGAUGGUGGGAGGCCAGGCUAUAUGCAUGAAGGGGAUGUAACAUGCAGCCUCUGUUGCCCAAGCAAUUGCUGUUGGACACAGUGCACAAGCCAGCCCUCACACAGGCAAUUUAGCAUCUGGGUAGGUGGUUUCUAAUCUGUCUAAUUUGCUGUCAUGUAGCCAAUGUGAGCUAAUUAGAUGAUUCAGCAAUUGUCAUGGCUCCCACUUAGUGUGCUGUAAACCCUCUGUCAUGACUUUCACUGCAGUUAAAUACCUUUGCUUCUGUGAAUUCUGUCUUCCCUGCCUUUUCUGAUCACCUUUUAGCAUCCCAGCAAAUAACUGAUUCUCUUAAGUUAUGGAAUUGUUACAUAGAAGUUUCUAGAUUCUGAAAAACUUGUAAUCGGCCUAUGAAGAGCUUCAGAGAAACAAGUUUUCCUACAAAUACUUCAACUCAUUCAUGUGCCAAGGGGCUAUUUCUACUCAUUUACAAAGAUCUGUGAAAACUACUCUGGCAUCUCUGAUCUCAGGAGACUAGGAAGCUUUCUUUGAGAACACUUGCCUUCUGGAAGGAAAAAAGAUUUAAUGUGUGUCUUAAUAAAAGACUGUGCCCUCUAGCCACUGAAAAAAACUUAAUUGGGGAAAAGUGCACAAAUCUAAAAUUAUCUGAGGCUUUUUGCUUCCAUUGAACUAUUGAGAAGAAUUUCCCUGACCACAAGUUCCUCAUGGUAUUAGGAAGUAGAAAAUGAAGGAAGGGUGACAUGAAGAUUUUUCAAGUGGUCUAGGAAAAAAAUUUCGUUUAUUGGCUGUUCAGCUAUGCGGACAGCAAUCUCUUGGCACUUCUUCUAAAACUCCAAGAUAAGCAAUAGAUGUGAGCAGCUUUAACAUACCAUCCCUCAUCCAGUGCCAGCCAUGGCCUUGGAGAGUGAGCCUGGAAAUCCCUGAUCCCCUAAAACACAGUGUCCCUUGCUCCAUUUGUAAUUCUGCAUCUGUACUUCUGAGCGCCCGUAGCUUAUCACAGUCUAGCUGUGGGAUUCCUGAACAUCUCUCCAGAACUGUAUAAAUGAAGAGCAAGCAGACAAAAUAGUAUUUCAGUCUUUACUCGGACAAAAUUGCAAGUUUCCCUCUGCCUCUUUUGCUUGGUAAGAUAAGAUUCAAUCAUUCCAGAUUAGAAAAUCUUGCCUGUAGCUAAAUUCGCUGUAGACAGUUGCCUGUUACUUAAUCAAGGGAAAAAUAUGUCCCAGCUUCAGAUGCGUUCCAAGUCACAGAAGCAGCUUACAAAACCAGCUACGAUUUCCGGUGGCUCUGGGAAACAGCACAAGAAUUCUGCCGCAGUGGAUACAUGAUGAGAUACGUAGAUAUGAAGUUCAGAUCGUUGUUCUCAGUUGUGAAGCUAAGACCUCUCUGGCAUCAAAAGAAUGAAAAUGAGCUUGCUGCUGGACUCACUGAGAAGUUCUGUUAAGAACAGCUGUACUGUCCUAAAAAACAGCAGCUCAGCUUGAAUGUUCAGGACACAGACCCUCUCGGUCUUCCUGCUGAAUAAAUCUAUUGAAAAAUGAGAUACUUUAUUGACUUGUUUAAAGCAAAGGGGUAGUGUAGUUGCAUCUCCUAUCUAUAGCAUAUGAGACAGGUUGUCUAACGACCCAUUGGUUUCAUUCUUCUGUUCUAACACAUCUAGUUUGCUGUGCAUCUGAUUCUUACUGUAAAGUAGAAAUUCUGUUAUAGUCAUUUUAAAACAAUUCACUGGAGAAACUCACCACUGAAGUCCUAUGCCUGUGGAUUGUGGCAGCAGUUUUCACCCGCACUUUCCUUAGAACAUUAACCACUUAAGCUAGUAAUUAAGUAUUUGACAUUAAGAUAAUUGUCAUCACAAAGCUGUUUUAUUACUUAACCCCAGAAUUUAUGUUUCCUUAGCUUUAUUUGUGUCAUCUAAAUCCAUACCUAUUUAUGUCCAGGUUUUCUAGUGCUUCUGAAACAUCUUCCUUUUUCCCAUUCUGCUCAUAGAAAUGGGACCGAUUCAGUUGUUAUUUGUAAGUGAUGUUUGAGAUAAUACAAAAGCAUGAGUAGGAUACAUAUGCCAGUUCCUCUAGUUUGGGGCCUUCUAGGAAAAAGGGUGUUUUUUCUCCUAGGCCUGUCCAAUACUGUGUAGGCAAUGCAAUGCCUUACUAAAAGUAGCAGUGUGAUUUUUGUAAGAGAAGAGUUUAUCAGUGUAAGAUUUAAAUUCAGUAAAGUGGUGGUUUGUCUCCAAUUCCUAUGGCUGCAUGAAACAUCCAGACAACAUGUCUACGUUUAAGAGAAGCUGAGUGUCCAAGAGUGGUAUGUGGAGAUGUGCAGUUCUAAAGUAAAUUUCUUAUUUUGGAUGUUGUUUUCUCUUGUAUUUGGUGCCUUAACUCUGUACAAUCUAAGGUCAUAUAUACUGUACCACAGGUAGUUUAAUAGUUAAGUGUACUUUACAAGAACCCAUCCAGCCCAGUCUGCAGAAACUGUUGCAAAGACUGAAGCCUUCUCAGUGGGAGAGUUCUCUUCCAUGUUUAAUUAAUAAUCCAUGAUAAACAAGAGUUACAAGAAUUCCAAGAGCAUAUAAAAAUUUUAACCACAGAUUGAGACUGAAUUUAUCAGAUUUCCAUUGCCAAAGGUUUGUGGCACUAAGAUAAUUAAAGGUACAGUCUCUUCUAUGAUAUGUAAGUAAACAACAUUGAAAUGUUUUAUAGGUAGCCAGAAGUGCAUGUUUGCGAAAAUGUAUGGACUGUUAUAUCCACUAGAACAAAUUACACUAAUUCUAAAAGGCAUUAAUUGAAUGUAAUUUGCUAUCCUUCGUUUAUUGGUACAGGGGAGUUGGAAUGAGUAAGAGUUGAAAUUAAUUUUCAAUUACAAAAUAGUAUGUGGAUUUAAGCCUCAUUCCUGCCUCUUACCUGGAUCUAGAAGCUCCAGGUGCCUUAUGCUGCUUUGUAGUUCGCGAGGUGUAGCACAGCUUCUACUUGAACACACACUUGCUAAACACGUCUGGUCCUGGUAAAAUGGACUGAGGCAAGAGAGAGAGAGAAGAAAAAAAUGAAGCUAGAAUGCCCUUCUCCAGUCUUAAAGGUUGAGCAUCAUAGAUAGGAAGUUGAGGGAAAGUUACACAGCCUUUCCAAGUCCAUUAAUAGAGUCUGUGGUAAAACCAGGAGGUUUAUGUUUACUGUGGUAAGCCAGCAGCCUUAGUAUACUAAGAGCAGAGGGAGAUGGUAUUGUUUCUUCAAUAGUUUAUAGGAAAUUGUGUAAGAAGUUUAAGCAAUCCAUACAGCAGCGUAAAAGCUGCUACUGAUGUUUCUACAGGAGAUAAAUGUUUUUUUCUGUUCAGUAAACAAGUCUAGGAUGGAAGGUUUUCCAGAGGAGGAGCAGGAAAAAUCCAGUGAACAAAUUCUAUAUCCUCAUGCAGCCCUAUCCAAAAUUGGGAGACUGCUCCACGCAGUGUAUAUAGCAUGCCACUGAAUUUUGGGAGGGAAAGGAAUAAUAGUCAUUUCCCCUAAAGCGAUACUAGUAACUUACUUCUACAAUGCCCUCAAUAUUCUAGACAACUUGCUUUUACACAGAACAGCAUGGCAACAAGGGAAAGCAGAUACUGCUUCCACAACUACAUGUUGUAAUGUACAUAUUUCAGGUCACAAUACUGGUGUAAGUAGUUACGACAAAGUAGGUUCAUCUUACCAGAAAAGCAUAUUUUGACAUUCUAUCCACUUCUAUUUUUUUUUAAGCUAGAGGGGAGUUAAUUAUAGCACUCAUCUGUUUCGAAGGGAGUAGAGCAGAAGGUAAGUUUUAACUUCACACUUCGAAGCUGCUAUGAGUAAGUUGCUUAACAGUAUUCCAUGGAAACAAGCUGAUGUACUUAUUUAUUUUCUUUGUGCUCAUUUCUGUGUUCUUAGAAAAGCACAAGCUUGUGUAAGCAUAAUCAAUACAAAGUUACUCAGGGUACUGUGUCAUCUCAGCAGUGGGCACUAACUGCAUCUUAAGUCAACAGGCACAUAUAAAUCAAGAUUAAUUAAGAGGAACAGAACAUUUUGGCAGGUUUUGCUUUACUAUUGGCACUGUUACCAUUUAAUGAUCUAUGCAUACGGAAAUGUGUGUAUUGCUGCACUCCCAAUAGAACCUAUAGUUCUGUAAGGUUAUCCUGUAAAUUAACAAAGUAAAAUGUAAUCAGUGUAGGAGAGAGUAUUCUUUCAUUAUUUCUAUAAAGAACUGCUCAUAAGCAGACGGAAAGUGAUACUGCUCAAAGCAGAAUAAUGGUGGGCUGAAGAACAGCAUUCAGGGCAGUACAGCUUUUGAAAAGUUAGUAUAUGAAUGUAAUUAUGAAAAUUCUAAUUUGCUGUACAGGUUAUUUCCUGUGUUUUCAAACUAGUAGCACUGCUUCCCUGCUCAAAAUAACAGGAUAAAGACAAGUGUAGUUUUCUAAUAACAGCUAUUGCAUGGAAAUAGACAUACCGGAAGAAAACAGAGGCUGUACUGCAUGAGCAUAUUCAACUACAGAGCCAUUCUCUGGGCAAUGCUGCAUAAUUUAAGAGUGGGUAAAUAGGCCUUCAGGGACAACACAACACAGAACAGAUUUAAAAAAAAAAAAAUCCACCACCACAGAAAAAAAGCCUUGAAGCUUUGUCCAGUCAUACAUCUGUUCUUCCCUGGAAAAGGGACAGGUACAUUCAUAUGUGCUUAGUGAGUUACUCAUCCAACAUCACAAAGGUCCUUAAGGACAAAUGUUUUAAAGCUAGUCUCCUUUUGGACAGAAAAGGGAGGAAGUUGACUCUGUCUUCCAGUUCCAAAGUGCAGUGUCUUAUUUCUGAUCCUAACCCUAAGUCAAUAUUUAUUGAUCAACCUGACUAAGCUUUUUAGGUCGACAAGCUCUCUACGAAGCAAUUCUGUUCUCUCAAGCCUCUGCAGGGGCCAGCAACUGGUGCUUAACUACUGCUUCCACUCCAGAAUGCCACCCAUCCUCCAGCUGUCCCAGAGCCGUUCUGGGACACUUGCACUUCUAAGAGAGCAAGACUGCUGUGAGGGGACUGUCGAAAGCACUGAAAUACUACAGCAGAACAAGGCCCAGUGGGCUGUAUGUUUUUUAAAGUCCUGUCCAGUUCUUCGUGACAAAGUUGAGCAUGAAACCUGUACUGCCAAACGUACCAGCCCCUUAAUGAGAAGGACAUCUAUGGGAAGCAGUCUUGGCAGUGGAGAUUUUGAGGAAAGGCUGGUGUUUUUCAAGUCCAAUUCAUAAGCUUUUUUUUUUUUUUAAAUGGUUGAGUUUCCACCCACCAAAAAUCACCAUCAGUCAAAUCAAAACAAUUACUGCUAAUUUGGACUAAAACAUCCCCCUUGUAAAACCCAAAGUACUACCACCCAUCCAUCUAAGGAAUUGUUAAAUAAAGAAUCCUCAGGAGACAGAGCCCUGCUAAGAGUCUGCACACUAGAAGGCAGACAGGAAAUCUGGCAGUGCAGUAUAAUGUGACUUUUCUGAUGACAAUUACUUCUACAAGACAAGGAAAAGAUAGAGGCAGUGCUUUGGGGCAGUGUUUCAUGCUCAGCAAGUUUGUAGAGGGAAGGAAUGCAAUUCUAUAAAUCACUUGUACUGUAUUUCUGUUUCUAGACUUGAAUGAAUUUCACUUUUCCUUUGUGGGUCAGCAUAGUAACCAUUAAAGAAAAGGUCUAUUUUUCUAAAUCUCUUUCACCAAUAGAGGUCUGACCUGCAGCCGACAGAUGGAUUUAUUUGUCCACAGAGGACAGAGUGUUUAUUUUUACACUAAGAUUGGAUAUGGCAUUGAAUAAAAAGAAGUUUGACCUUUUAACUAUCUAAACCUUAAAUACUAUGAACAAAUUCCACAAAUGAGUAACAUGGUGGACAAUUCCAACUUUCUUCCCAAUAAAUCUCUCUCUCAAAAGUUACCCAGAAUUAAACUUCCAAAUGAAGUACAGGAGAUCCUUGUGGUCUAAUUACAGACUACUUUAAAAAUAUUUAAGAUUUCUCCCAAUUUGUAAUCUGUAGAGAACAAUGAUGAUUAAACUAUUUCUGACUAUAGUGUAAAUAAAUAACUUCAAAUGAAGUAAUUCAGCAACAACCUUAGCUAUUUAUAGCAUUUAAAAUGUAAUCUGAAUAUUCAAAUUGUCUUAAUUUGGUCACAGUUGAAUGGGAAGAAAAGUAACUGCGCACUGAAUUCUAAAUUGAGCUGUAUCUACUCACUAGCCAAAAAAGCCUGCAAAUGUAAAGUAAAUGGAAUGCUCUUUGUACAUUAAGUUGCUUCCUCACGUGAUGCUGUACCCUGUACACUUGGCUUCAUUUGGCUUCUGCGUUGUGGUUUGUAUGCCAGCCACUGUUACUAACUGUACACAACACUUAGAUCUGCACUGUAAUCUUGGUUCAUUUGCCACUGAUUGUAACCCAGUACUACAGACUUCUCUGUAUAUAAAACCAUAACCAUGUCCCAUUUGCUUCCAAUAGCAUACAAUAAAGGCUUAUCUCUGUAAACAGGAA